CAUAUCCUCUAUCCAAGGAUAGCUAGCCUAAAAGUACGCCAACUUUAAAACAAGCCGGUGGUCCGUCUCACUGACCAUUCGCAGUUAAACUAUUUACCCGAAGAAAACAGGGCACUGGUCACGGAUUAACAUCUCACCAAACCCAGGGCUGUGACCUGAGGGGUCGUAUGAUGUGUUAAGACUGCUAUGUGGGACCACUGAGAAACUACAGAUGUGCAAUUACCGUACUGGCCCGCCUUAUCUAAACGAGACGAACAGAAAACGCUAAGCAUAAGCUGCGCGAAGUCGGGUUUGUUAUCGUUUUGGUGGAAACCCCAGUGCGGCUCCGCCAGGAUGGGCGGCCUCCUCCCUCUCCUGUCAGUCACUGGACAACUCAGCCGGAAACGCUCGCUUAGGUUAUUUCAGCUGCACAACGCCAGAUAAGUAGAAAUUGCAGGGACAUUUUUUUCCACAUCCCUGCUGCUUUCGCCGGAUUUUUUUUUUUUUACAUUUCCCCUGAAACGGGUAGACAGACGUGAAAGGAAAAAAGGGAGUAGUGUUGCUUUCAGCAGAUUUCAGCCCUCAGCCACUGUUAGCUAAGAGGCUAAGCUAGCUUGUCAAGGCUGACUCUCUGGGCUAAGAUGGCUAACCGCUAUCUUAGAUGUUUGUAGCGCCACUAGCUAACGUUUUUACUCCUGAAGCGCAUUCUGUUUUAAGCUUGGCCCUCAACUUUCGGUUGCACGUAUAUAUUCUAAUCUUCGUAAUAUUUGGAAGGUCAACGCUCAUUUGGCAUGGUAGAAGCUAGCUAGCCAGCCAGCUAGCUAAACUAAGCUAACUGUCUUGCUAGUAGCUAGUGGCCCGAAGGGAGAGGGUGACCGAUGAUGUCUAAAGGACUGUGCUUAUUGCCAAUAUAUCCAGUCCUUCAUUAGAGUUAGUCAGAAAACGUCUCAUUAAUCUGUUAUUUAAUAGCCUGUGUAACGGCAUAUUAUCGCUAGUCAACGCUAGGUCCGAGUAGCGAAAUAACCGCGGGGGCGAGUUGGACUCGCCAGCUAUGCCGAGCUCCAGCUGCUGAGGGGCGGUCGGGUUAGCUGGGUGGGCUCGCUUCACAGCACUUGGCACUGUGUGAUACUUCAGUUAACCGUUUGGCAAAGAUGGCAUCGGCUAGUAGCAUGGUUGCAUCGAUCGCGAGUAAAACGAAAACGAAGAAAAAACACUUCGUGGCGCAGAAGGUGAAGCUGUUCCGCGCCAGCGACCCUCUUCUGAGCGUCCUGAUGUGGGGAGUCAACCAUUCGAUAAAUGAGUUGAGUCAUGUUCAGAUUCCCAUCAUGCUGAUGCCUGACGACUUCAAGGCUUAUUCUAAGAUCAAGGUGGACAAUCACCUGUUUAACAAAGAGAAUAUGCCAAGCCAUUUCAAAGUCAAGGAGUACUGCCCUCUCGUGUUCCGUAAUUUGAGAGAGAGGUUCAACAUCGAUGAUCAGGACUUCCAGAACUCACUGACUCGCAGUGCACCCUUUGUAAGUGAAGCGCAGGGCCGCAGUGGAGCCCGUUUUCACACCUCCUACGACAAGAGGUACGUCAUCAAGACCAUCAGCAGUGAGGACGUGGCCGAGAUGCAUAACAUUCUGAAGAAAUACCAUCAGUUUAUCGUGGAGUGCCAUGGAAACACCCUGCUCCCUCAGUUCCUCGGCAUGUACCGCAUCACAGUGGACGGAGACGAAACCUAUAUGAUCGUCACACGCAACGUCUUCAGCCACCGCCUGUCCGUCUACAAGAAGUACGACCUGAAGGGAUCGACUGUUGCCAGGGAGGCAAGUGACAAGGAGAAGGCCAAGGAUCUGCCCACAUACAAGGACAAUGACUUCAUCAAUGAUGGGCAGAAAAUCUACAUUGACGAGGAAAACAAAAAGAUUUUCCUGGACAAACUGAGGAAGGAUGUGGAGUUCCUAGCCCUGCUGAAGUUGAUGGACUACAGCCUGUUGGUGGGGAUCCACGAUGUGGAGCGCGCGGAGCAGGAGGAGGUGGAGAGUGAGGAGAACGAGGGCGAUGAUGAGGGGGAGAGUGACGGAGGUGUAGUGGGCACGCCUCCCGAUAGCCCCAGCAACACCCUGGACAGCACCAAGCCACUUUCUCCAGGAGACUUUGACCCUACCAUCGACGUCUAUGCCAUCAAGAGUCAUGACAACUCCCCUAGGAAGGAGGUCUACUUCAUGGCCAUCAUCGAUAUCCUGCAACAUUACGAUGCCAAGAAGAAGGCAGCCCACGCUGCCAAGACGGUCAAGCAUGGAGCUGGGGCAGAGAUAUCCACCGUGAACCCAGAACAGUACUCCAAGAGGUUCUACGAUUUCAUCACCACCAUUCUUCCCUAGCCGGAGGGGUGGAGCUAAGUGGAAGCCAUGAGGUCUAAGAUGGGCGUGGGCGGAGUGCCAUAAUGCUCUGCCCAUCCCGCUUUGUGGCAGGGGGGAGCACCCUAACAGCAGCUACAAGCUCCAUUCGUUUACAUUUUUGUUUGUUUGUUCUGCUUUUGUGGGACCAUAAUGGUGACAAGAAGCAUCUGAGAGGGAGAAAUGGAGUGGUUUUGUCUUUUUUUUAAUCCCC